AUGGAAAACAAAGUAGCAGAAAAUGUCUUGGCCACUAUUGGUACUGUUUUAUGGUGCAUUCAAUUGAUACCCCAGAUUAUAAGAAAUUUUAGAGUUAAAGAUUGUGAAGGUUUACCGCCAUUAAUGAUGUUUUUGUGGGCAUGCAGUGGAGUACCAUGGUCUUCAUAUUUUACAGCUAUUGAUUCAUCUAUACCAUUAAUCAUUCAACCUCAAAUUUUCACAUUUUUCAGUUUAGUUACUUGGGCGCAAACUUUAUAUUAUCCACCAAGACAUGUUUCAAGAAAGAGAUUUGUAUUACUUAUUGGUCUGUUUGUCAUAAUAGCUAUUGGUGUAGAAGCUGGUUUAAUUUUGGGUCUUAGACCAUUACAUAGAAGAGGAAUUACAUGGCCAUUAUUAAUUAUUGGUAUAUUAGCAUCCAUUUUUUUGGUUGUUGGUUUAAUUCCACCAUAUUUUGAAUUAGCUAAAAGACAAGGUAGGGUUAUUGGUAUUAAUUUUAUAUUUUUAAGUAUGGAUACUGGUGGUGCAAUUUUCUCAAUGGCCAGUAUCAUAGUUGGUAAUAUGGAUAUUAUGAGUUUGAUUUUAUAUAUUCUUGUUAUAGUACUUGAAGUUGGUAUAGUUGCAAGUCAUUUUGUAUGGUGGUUAAGAAUUGGGAGGAAAUUGCCAAAAGAAGUUAAAGAAGAAGAAGCACCAGCUGAUAGUGGAGCCUCCAUGUCGUCUGGCGUAGUUAUUGAAAAAAAUUCAUUUGAAGUGAACAAAGAUGCGAAAGAAAUAUCACCGGUAUGACAUACGGAUGAAUUAUAACAUUACUAUGACAUAUUUAAUUAACAAUUCUUGUAUAUUUUAUUUAUAGAACAUAGAUUUUAAUAUUAUGAUUUUUAUGGUUUUAACUUUGUUGCAAAUUCGCAGUAAAAAAAAUCUAUAGUACGAAUGUUAUGGUAUGAAUAGAAUAAAUAGUUCACCGUGGGACUAAUACUAACAAACUCAGUCUUCGUUCAAACCAUUAAACUUUCUCGAAGAUUCAAUAUCUAAGAAGGAUUUAGAAGAAGAACAUACAAGAGAGAUACAAGUUGAACAAGCAUACAACUUAUUUCAACUGGCAUUAAAAUUUCAUAAAAGUGAUCAACUACAACAAUCUUAUAAAAUUUAUGAAAACUUAUUCAAAUUAAAUAUUAUAUCUAAUCAUUAUUAUGAAGAAGUUGACUAUAUUCGUGGUUUACAAAAUGGUGAAGUGAAUACUAUUGAUGAAUUAAGUUUAUUAUCACCAAAUGUCAAAUCAUUAAGGUAUUUAAUUUUUAGAAAUAGAGGAAUGUUAUACUUGGAAAUGUUGAAAAAAGAAGAAUUUCUGGAAAGUCAAUUCAAAGAGUUAUUUUAUACAUGUAUUGAUGAUUUAUGUAUUGCAUUUUUAUAUAAUGAAUCAGAUGAAGAAUUACUCGAAAUAAUAUUUGAAAUUUAUUUAUAUUUAGGGGUCAAAAAAUUAUCGAGAUAUACAUUAGAAUAUCAACUAAGCUCGAGAGAAGAAAGUGACGAUUUAGCUGGACUAAUUCCAAUUGAUAAAGGUGUUCAAAAAAAAUAUGAUAAUUUACUUCUGGGAAAAGUAAAACCAAGUGUGAAAUUUGAAUUUUUAAAACCAGUUAAAGAUGACUUUGAUGUCCAGCUGAAUAAACAAUAUCAAAAAAUUAAAACAAUAAUAAAAUGUAAAAACUCAUGGGUCAGUUUGAUAGACUGCGUAAAUGCAAAAUUAAAAGAGAAUCAAGAUGAGAAUAAAAUUGAAGAUGUACAUAGACCAAGAUUAAAACAAAUUGAUCCUUACAUUUUAACUGAAGAACCAUUAGAGAUAGUCGAAAUAGAAGUGGAGAAUGUGGAGCCUGAAGUAGAACCUGAAUCUAUAGUGAUUGAAGAACCACAACAAACUGAAGAAAAGGAAGAGAAUCAAGAAGAAGUAAAGGAGGAGAAGAAAGAAGAAGAACCAAUAGAAACCAAAAUUCAGAGAUCAUCUAAAAGAUUAGCAAAAGUUGAAGUGGCAUCAGAUUUACCCGAAAUUGCACUACAAGAUGCUCACUUUUAUGGGUUAAAUUUAUUUUUGCAAGAGUUCAAACAGUUACUUCAAGUAAAUGUGAUGGAUAUAAGAUCUAUAUAUUUGCAUAAUACAGAAGCUCCUCAAUACGUGCAAGAUUUUAUCGAAAUGAUCAACGACUGGAAAUAUGAAUCGGGAUUAUUAUCAUUUCAAUCCAAGACUAAUCAAGGUGAAAAUUUGAAAUUACUUGAUUUGCUUAGUGGAUUUGAUCGUGAUCAAGAAUUUGCAAAGAAAGAUUUCCCACCAUUAGGAUCAAUAGAUGAAUCAAUUCUUGAAAAAACUGAUUACGUUCAUUUAAAAGAAAAUAUUAUAAAAUAUCUUAUAAAUUCAUGUUUGACCAGCAAAUGGGAAGAGAACUUAUAUAUCAAGCUUAAAGAUUGGGUCCUUCAAUUUGAUAAUUACAUAAUGCCAGACUUAGAAACUGCAAUAGGAAUAUUUGAAUUAUUAACUGAUGUGUCAAUAACAUUAGAAACUCAAAUUAAUGAUCAGAUAAGUAAAAAAAUAAAUAGAGGAAUUGUGAAUCCCUUAUGUCAGGAAUUAUUAAAAGUUAACGAUAAAUUACAAAAAUGGUCAACUGCAAUUGAAGAUAUUGUAUACCAAAAUUUUGACGCAAAAUUACUUGCGAGAUUCAAAUGGGCGCAAUACAACAAGGAGAAAGCAUCAACUACAAAUUGGGGUGAUAAUUCAUCAUUGAAAUAUAAAUUAAAAGAAUUACUAAAAUAUGAUGUUGAGAUAUCUUAUCCUAAUUAUAAAAAUUUUGGUGAUUCAAACACUGAAAGUAUUAAAAAUCAACUAACAAUUAUAUCAGUACUUUCAAUAUUUUGGAGAAUCUUAUAUAGUGCUCCUAAAACAGAAAACAAUGAAGCUAUUGAUUUACUUGAAGAUAUUUUAAUGGACCUGCAAAAUCAAGAUAAGCCUAUAUUAUCAAUCAGAAAGUUUUUAUCUGGAUCAUCACUUGAAAUGAGAUUAAGUUUGUGGAGUAUAUUAUUACUGUUUUACAGGCUGAAUGAUUUAAAGAUCAAACUAGCCAGUGGGUUUGAAAAAAGUCUUGAGUUUUUGAUUGCUUAUCUUGAUGGUGAUUAUACAAAUUUUGAUAAACCAACUCGAUUUACUAUAUUACUGAAGAUUCUAGGGUUUUACAGUAAUAACAUUUCUAAUAUUGUUGAAAUUGGAGAACCAAUUGCUUCGAAUUUGGUAGUAAAAUUCCUAGACUUGUUUUUCAUUUACGAAAUUCAUGAAGAAGCAAGUAGUAUAAGUUCAUUAAAAACAUCACUCAAAGCUAAAUCAAUGACUUCAUAUAACAACUUAAAAGAUACCUUCAUUAAAACUUUCGUUUUAAUAAUAAUAAAUUGUAAAAACAACAAAGAGUUACAGCAAAAGAUCAUAGACCUAGUACAUCGUCAAUUGGGUUCCGUCGGAAUAUGUAAUGCUGCUAAUGGUAUAUUCCUAAAUUCUAUCCAUGAAGUUUUAGAUAACUCAAAGGAUAAAAUACAAUAUGCACAAUAUAUAAAAUGUAAAUUUCAUUACAAUAUUGCAAUUGAUGGUGUACUACCUGAAGAUCAUGGAACUGAACGAACAGAUAUCGAAGAACAAGAUUGUCAAAGUCUAGCAAAAUUUAUAUUACCAAUCUGUUUUAAAUCAAAUCCGCUUAAAAAUGUCCCCAAACAUGAUGUUAAACAAUUGAUUGAUGAAAUUUAUGGAAAAAUAGGUGGUCCAGACUUUGAGUCAGAUGAAGUAUUAAGUCGAAAUAAAGCAUCGCUUAAUUAUUUUUUAGAUACAAGAAAAUUAACUCCAAGAUUUAUAAAAGAUUCAUUUUAUGGAUUAAAUGAGUUGAAAUUUGAUGAAUUAAACCAUCCAAUAGUACAAGAUGGUUUAUAUUUCAUGCAAGGAUUGUUGACAUUUUUUUCAUACAAAUCAAGAAAAAAGAAUAUGCAAAGUAGAGCUGUUGAAAUUGAAACGGCUAUUUCAUUAUUAGAAAAUGAUUUAAUUUAUGGUAGUAAUAGAUUAGAAAGCUGGUUUUUAUUAGGUCAAGCUUAUGGUUUUUUAGUUGAAGAUGAUUUAAUUUGGACUUCAGAUAAAUUAACAAUUGCAGAUCGUAAAACUUCAACAGCAAAUUUACAAAGGAAAUCAUUGACUUGCUAUUUAAUGGCUAUAAAUUGUUCUGUUGAAGCACCAAAGGAGAAUGUGAAACCAAUCAUUGGAAGUCUUAUGUCAUCAUUUGCUAAAGAAAUGUUUAGUGCUGUAAUGCAACCAAUGAAUAUGCAUGCUUUUAAAGUUCAAUCACAGCCUAGAUUUAUAAAUAAAGCAAAUGGUGCAUCAUUUUUAAGUGCAAGUGAAAGUGCAGUAACGAGUAAGAAAACUUUAUUCAAGAUUAUGAAAGCAGCUUUUGAGUUAGCAAUUAAAUCAAAAAAUAAUGAAUGGAGCGAUUUUUAUUAUUUAUCAAAAGUUCAAAAGAAAUUAAACGAAUCACCAAAACUAGUUUUAGAUACGAUGAGUAAGGCCUGUGAGCUAGCUUCUGAUGAUAUAGUCGAACCAUAUUAUACAAUAAUUUCAUUGUGUUACAAGUAUGUGAAAAAUGAGAAAAUGACAAUAGAAGAAGCUCUCAAAUAUCUAAACUAUCCAGGUGUAAAUAAGGCCGUUUCACAAAAUACUGAAUUUUACAAAUUGAUAUGUGAAUGUUUGAAGAACCUUGAUUCUGCGGACAAGAAAAAUUGGCAACAUAAACCAAAAUAUCGAUUGUCAAAAAUAUAUUUUGAUGAGUUUGGUGAUAGUGAUAGCAGUAUUACGAUCUUGAAGAAUUUUAUAUCAUUAAAUACUCCUAAUAAAUCUUUAGUAUCAAUAUGGAAGCCAGACUCAGAAAGACCAGGAAAGCAUUUUCUUUACACUUUUAGAUACAUUUAUUUUUAUAUUGAAUUGUUAAAACAAAAUAAUGACUUAAAUAGUUUGAUAAUAAUGUUACCAAAAUUAAGAAGGUCAAAUUCUGUCAUGAUUCAGUUAACAACAGCUUGGGAGUUUUUAUGUACAUCAAUUUGUAAGAUUAUUAGAGAUAUAUUUAAAAUCGGCGAUUCAUUUGAUUUUACAGACAAGUUUAUAAAUAAUUUAAAUUUUCCAAAGUUUACUCAAAAUUCAAAAAGUUUUAUGGAUCUUUUUAAGCAAAAUGGUGUCCCAGAUGAAUUAAGAGCACAUAUAUGUUUUUUGAAUUCUGUUAAUGAUAUGAAAAAGUUGAAUAAUGGAUUUGGACCAACUUCAUUAAUUGAUGAUACAAUAGUUGGAAUUUUUUUCAGAAUUUAUACAUUUUACUUUGCACAAGAUUUUACAAAUGCAAUGGAAAAUCCAAGUGCAAAUCAAAAAAAGAAGAUUGCUAAGAAAGAUAUUUUUCCAAUUACAAAUGAUAUAAUUAAAAAUCAUAAAAAGGAAAUUGAAGAUAAAUUGAAAGAUGAACCAGAUUUGUUUAAUAUUCUGGCGAAAAAAGUAGCAGAUGCAAAAAGGAAAGAGGAAGAGGAAAUGAAGGAAAAGGAGGAAAAGGAGAAACAGGAUCAAAAAGAACAAACGAAUCAAUCAACAUAUAAUGCACCGAUCAGAAAACAAGAAUUACAAGUUGAACCAAAAGAAAGAGAGGUUUCAGUAAUCAAUUCGGAGGCUAGUUCACAAGAAAGAAGAUUUAUACUACUCAGUGAUCCAUCGAGAUGCGAAGAUGAAGAGCCUUUAAGGAAAAAACAUAAGCCUGCUACACCAGAGUUAAUUACAGGUAUUGAUUCAGAUUGA